AGGCCCAAAACCAAAUCGGAAGGAAGCCCUCGUCUUCCUUCCUCCGUAACGCCAUUCCUCUCCUCGAUAACUCCUCCACCAAAACCCAACAGCUUCUUCGUGACGGCGUUACUCUCGGAUCGCCUCGUCGAGGAAUCGACCGAUAUGGUUUUCGGCGGAGGCGCCGCCGGGGAUUACUCAUCGGGGUCGAUGGCGACGCCGGAGGCGGCGGUGGCGGAGGAGGAUAUGGUGGGGAAGGACUACGUGGGGAUAUCCGAGGUAAGCUCCUCUUCUUACCCCGGUUCCGCCGGCGUUGGAGGUGGAAUGGAGGAGGAGGAGGAACUGGAACUCGGUCUGAGCCUGGGGACAAAGAAGGCCGUCGGCGGUGGCGGAACGCCGUGGGCCGAUUACUGCCGAAUAUUGACGGCGGAAGACUUGCCGUCGAUGGGGUCGCGUGCUUCGCCCUUAUCUUCUUCGUCGUCUGUUUCAUCCUCGUCCUCGCCUAUCGCGGGCGGGGAGAGGUGCAACGGCCGUGUGGCUAAGAAGACCUCCAGUAACCCACCGAGUCAAAUGGUGGUAGGAUGGCCACCGAUAAGAGCAUACAGGAUGAACAGUUUAGUCAACCAAUCCAAAGAAAACACAUCCGCGCAUACUACCAUCACGUCAACCCACAAGAAGGCAUCUCAAAACAUCAAGAACAACAAAACUGGGGAGAGAAUUUGCUGCAAGGAAAUUGAAAAGAAAGGAAGAUCCUCUGUGAAUUCCCUCUUUGUUAAGGUGAAUUUGGAUGGAGAUCCUAUUGGGAGGAAGGUGGAUCUCAGUUCCUAUCCCUCCUAUGAAACCCUUGCGCUAGCACUUGAGGCCAUGUUCCUCAGACAAACAUUAGUCCUCGGUAGCUCCAUUUAUGAUGGCCCAAGGACCUCAAAAUUGCUGGAUGGCUCAUCUGGAUUCAUAAUAACAUAUGAAGACAGGGAUGGCGACUGGAUGUUAGUAGGUGAUGUUCCGUGGGGAAUGUUCCUUAGCACUGUCAAGAGGCUUAGAAUCAUGAAGACCUCUGAUGCUAGUGGGCUUGCACCAAGAUUCCAUUCCUGGCCCAAUAUUGGUCCUUUCUAGGUUCCCAUCCUAGCAUCAAGGCAAGGCUUUUGGGAUUUUUUAUCUUCAGCACCGACGUCUUUGUUUCUCUGGCAUGUCUAGUGAUUGGUUAGACAUCAAAGCAAGGUGCAUGACAAUUGUAGAGAGAAGAGCUCCAAAAUAGAAGGCAAAAAUAUAUCUGAUACCUGUUUAGGGUCAAAUGUUGAUAUGAUUGAUCAUAUCAACAAAUUUUCAUACUGCCUUUUCUUGUCAUUUUGGACUCUAAACACUGUUUUUGGGGGUUUUUUAUUGUUCACUAAACUACAUAAUGUUUCAUAUCUGGUUGAAUGCUCGUUUGAACAUUGUAUAUAUCGAUUUCCUUCGGUCA